AUGACUCAAUUGGAAAAUGAGGUUCCAGACAAGGACCAUCUUCGCUUUUUCUCACUAGGAGGAUCCAAUGAAGUGGGGAGAUCGUGUCAUAUACUUCAGUAUAAGGGCAAGACUCUAAUGUUAGAUGCAGGUAUCCAUCCGGCCCAUCAAGGUUUAGCUUCAUUGCCCUAUUACGAUGAAUUCGAUCUCUCCACAAUCGAUCUUCUUUUAAUCUCACAUUUUCAUCUUGACCACGCGGCAUCAUUGCCUUAUGUGAUGCAACGAACGAAUUUUCGUGGUAGAGUAUUCAUGACACAUCCGACCAAAGCUAUAUAUCGUUGGCUUUUGAAUGAUUUCGUCAAGGUGACCAGCAUAGGAGACAGUCCAGGACAGGAUUCAAGUAAUGAUAAUUUAUACUCUGAUGAGGACUUGGCUGAGUCCUUUGAUAGGAUAGAAACUAUUGACUAUCAUUCCACUAUGGAGGUAAAUGGUAUUAAAUUUACAGCGUUCCAUGCAGGUCAUGUUCUUGGAGCAGCGAUGUUUCAAAUUGAAAUCGCUGGUGUUCGUGUAUUAUUUACUGGUGAUUAUUCAAGAGAAGUGGACCGUCACCUUAACUCUGCUGAGGUACCACCUCAGUCUUCGGACGUCAUAAUUGUGGAAAGUACAUUUGGUACCGCUACUCACGAACCAAGACAAAACAGGGAAAGAAAGUUGACCCAGUUAAUACAUACCGUGGUAUCUAAGGGAGGACGUGUUCUUUUACCGGUGUUUGCCCUUGGAAGAGCUCAAGAAAUCAUGCUUAUAUUAGACGAAUAUUGGCAGAAUCACAAAGAAGAACUCGGAAACGGGCAAGUACCUAUCUUUUACGCAUCAAAUCUUGCUAAGAAAUGUAUGAGUGUCUUUCAGACAUAUGUUAAUAUGAUGAAUGACGAUAUUCGUAAAAAAUUCAAAGAUUCUCAAACAAAUCCAUUCAUCUUCAAGAAUAUUUCUUACCUCAAGAAUUUGGAUGAAUUCGAGGAUUUUGGUCCCAGUGUCAUGUUAGCAUCCCCAGGUAUGUUGCAAAACGGUCUAUCUAGAGACAUUUUAGAAAAAUGGUGUCCAGAAGAAAAAAAUCUGGUUCUUGUCACUGGUUAUUCUGUAGAAGGUACAAUGGCAAAAUAUUUGUUACUAGAACCUGAGGCUAUUCCCUCGGUACACAACCCUGAGAUAACUAUCCCAAGACGUUGCCAAGUGGAUGAAAUAACAUUCGCUGCUCAUGUUGACUUUAGGGAAAAUUUAGAAUUUAUCGAGCUAAUUGGAGCUAGCAACAUCAUUUUAGUUCAUGGCGAAUCCAACCCAAUGGGUCGUUUAAAAUCAGCCCUUCUUUCUAAUUUCAGCUCUCUCAAGGAUACUGAAAACGAGGUUCAUGUUUUCAAUCCUAGAAAUUGUGUCUUUGUUGAUAUUGAGUUCAAGGAUGUUAAGGUUGCCAGGGCAGUUGGGAAAAUUAUUGAAGAUCUCGAUGAGUUUAUAACUGAAGAAGACGCACUAAAGAAUGAGAAAAGAAUCACGGAAAUCCAUGAAGAGGAUCCAGAAACAGAGGAAAGUAAAACGGAAAUUGUCAAAGAAGAAAAUGAGAAAAUAGUUUCAGGUAUAUUGGUGUCAGAUGAGAAGAAUUUUGAUCUAAGUUUAGUUUCGCUUUCAGAUUUAAGAGAACAUUAUCAACAAUUAUCUACUACAGUUUUGACAGAAAGACAGACAGUCCACUUGGACUGUAAAAGCGAACUAGUAUAUUGGCAUAUCUGCCAAAUGUUUGGUGACGUAGAUGUAUACAUUGACGAAGAAAACGUCUCAUUGAAGAACAUCAAUCCCGAAUUCAAGACGAGGAAGAUAAAGAAGGGUGAACUAGAAAUAAAAAUCAUGGGAGAUGUAAUAUUAAAUAUAGUUGACAAUGUAGCUACAUUGCAAUGGACUCAGAAUGUUAUCAGUGAUUCAGUCGCGGAUAGUGUCAUGGCAAUUCUACUGAGUGUCGAGAGCGCUCCAGCAAGUAUCAAAAUGAGUUCGAAGUCAUGUGGACAUCAUCAUGGACACGAUGAUCACACGACUAAAAUUAAGAACAUAUCGAGAGUUUUCAAGGAACAGUUUGGUGAUACUUUUACAUUAUUUUUGAAUGAGGAAGACUCCAAAGAAGAAAUAAAAGGCACUAUCAACUUAGGAAAAACAACAGCAUGUAUAAACUUCUCAAAAAUGGUUGUGGAAGAAUGUAACUCUAAUCCAUUGAAAGGUAGAAUAGAGAGUUUAUUAAAAAUUGGCUCCGACUUGGUGGCCCCAUUGUGUUAA